UCCUACCAUAUAUGUACUUCUCAUUUCAUUUUCCUAAUCAUCAUUUAGAAAUUGUUCCUUGAGGACAUAAACUGGCUACUAAUUAAGGGGUCAUAUAUGUACAAAAGGUGUUUUCAUUUUGUAUUACUCAUGGUACAAUGAAAACUCCCAAGGAUUGUCUCAUUUCUGUCUAAAUAAGCCAUUUUCCAAUACAGAGUACAAUUUUGAUAAAUGCUUGUUGAUUGAUUAGUUGUUGAUGAUCCAGGGCUGCAGAGUAAAAAACCAGUCAGGUGACAAUGAUGGAGAACACUAAAGGGUGUGUUCAAACAGAGGCAAGGUAUAACCAGAGAGGCAGGCUCCUGGUGUCUGACUGGUUCAGUCCCACCCGUACAAACUAUGUUGACUUAAUACUUUCAUUACUUUAAAAGAACAAAUAACUGCAGCAGGAUCUUGGGCCCCUGGAAGACUGAGGAAAUUUAGACUGAGGAAAAAGUGAGAAUCAGAAGAUACAUCCUAUCUGUUCAACAGUUAAAGUUCUCUGCUAUUGCCACUUGAUUCUGAUAGGUUGGAGGCAGAGAGAAAACUGUUCACCACAGAGCCUUUCUACUUCCACCACAAGAAAGCACAUCUUAAACAGGCUGUAGAAUGUCGACCAUUGGCAGCUUCGAAGGGUUCCUGCCUGUGUCACUGAAGCCAGAUGGAGAUGAUCAGCCCUCAGAAAGAGACAGUCUACCAACUGAAGAGGGGAGUUCAGGCAGAAAUUCAGCACCCAGCAGAACGGCAAGGCAGCCUAGUGUGACUGAGUCAGUUCUCUACCCAAAUCCAUAUUCUAAGCCACAUGUCACCCGCAAAUACUUCGUUACUCGGCCAGGGGCUAUGGAGACAGCCAUAGAAGAUUUAAAGGCCCAUGUUGCAGAGACGAUGGAUGAAGUCAUUCAAGGUUUCUGGCUCUUAACAGAAGUGGACCAUUGGAACAACGAGAAGGAAAAGGUGGUGGCAAUCACUGACAACACUUUGCUGAUCUGCAAAUAUGAUUUCAUCAUGCUUAGCUGUGUCCAAUUUCAACGCAUCCCCCUGAGUAGCAUCUGUCACAUCUGUCUGGGCAAUUUUGCCUUCCCUGGGACAUCCUUGGAUAAGAGGCAGGGGGAAGGUAUCCGCAUCUUUUGGGGAAAGAGUGAGGAUCAGUCCCUCUGGUCCCGCUGGAAUCCUUGGUCCACAAAAGUUCCUUAUGCUACUUUUACGGAGCACCCCAUGAAGAAUAGCAGUGAAAAAUUCAAAGAAAUUUGCAAGAUGUCUGCCUUUACAGCCAAACUUGUGCCUGCUGUUCAGAAUGCUCACAAGACCUCCUCAGGACCUGGAAGAGGAAAAGGAGUCAUAGUCUCCACAGAACCAAUUCUCAUUGAGACCUACACUGGUCUGAUGUCAUUCAUUGGGAAUCGCAACAAACUGGGCUAUUCCUUGGCCCGGGGCAGUGUGGGAUUUUAAAAUCACAUUCUAUAAUGAGGGCUAUCAAAAGACAUGAAGUCACUUUAGGGUUCCUGGGCUAUUUUCCUUUGCAGUUCUGCAAGUCACCUUUCCUUACAGUCAUCCCUCCUUCUCCUCCACCCCACAGGAUUUAUGACAUAUAGACGUAUUUUCUGUGCUGCUUAAUUUUUACCAAGUAUGAAAGUUUUAUAAACUAAGAUACUGUUUAGACCCUUAUACAAAAAUUGAGAUAACACUUAAUUAAAGUAGAAAUUCAUCAUCAAAUUAGUGUCUGAAUAUGAAAUGAGUUCUGUGUACAAAUAUAUUCUCCUCCAAUCUCAACUUUUGGUGGAGGUAUAUCCAUUCUCAGGAUCUCAGUCAUCCUCAAGCUCUAUGUAAUGGGCUGCCAAAUUGAUGGCCUCCAUCCUUACUUCUCUCUUCUACCCCAUCUCCCAGUGUCUGCCAGAUAUUUCCACCUGGAUAUCCAGAUCACCUCAAACUCAACAUGUUCUGCAAAGAAAACAUAGUGUUUCCACAGCACUGUUGUU